ACAGACGUUGUUGACAGUCGCUCGAAACUGUGCUUGUUAUAUAUAUACAAAAUAUAGAUAUUAUAAGUGGUUUAACCGGCACUGAUAUAUAUCCAUAUGAUGGUCUAGCAAACCGCAAUCCGGCACUACUCACUGACAACCACUAUAGUGUCCAGUUACGAUCUUCUUCUACCCUCCACGGCCUCAUUCUCACCUUUAUACCCCUAACAUAGCGUAAGAACGAGAUUAGAUGGGGGAUACUGCCACGUUACAGGCCCCCUCCGUAUCCGCUGCUUCUGUCACCCCUAACAGCACAACCCCCAGCGCGACCCCCAUCACUUCCGAAUCAGACAUGUUCCGCGCCCCAGUCAACCGCAUGAUGCGGACGCUGGACCGUUCGUUUUUCCAGAAAACUGUCCCCCUCUCCGCCGCUACCAUCUUUGACAGGCAAUCAAUUGGCCCAAUAAAGAGCGAACUGCUGCAAAGCAAGGACUUGUUGCUGGCGAAUCGCAUUAUACCAGUGCGCGCAGCACGGGAGGGCCCGUUGGAGAAUGUUACAGAUCAUUGGUAUCAGAGAAAGAAUGGGAAGCAGGACGGGAGAAAAUGUUUGUUGCUUAGAGAGGAUAUCAAAGCUGAUGAUGUGAAGACGUGGUCUCCUACUAUUCAACGGCUAGUUGAGGCCAAAUCAAUGGAAUUGCGCCCGUUCAACCUGUUGCUUGAUUAUGACUAUUUCACAUACAAGGAUAUCGUCGAUUCUAUACUUCCGGACCAAGAGUUGGAGGAACUGCCGGUUGGCUUUACUCAAGUCGGACACGUGGCCCACUUCAAUCUCCGCGAACAAUAUCUACCAUAUAGAUUCCUACUGGGAGAAAUUUUGAUAGACAAACACCCUCAAGCCCGGACGGUGAUUAACAAAACCGAUGACGUUGGAUCCCACAGCGAAUUCCGCACCUUCUCAUACGAGAUCCUUGCUGGUCCGGAUGACAUGAACGUCACCGUCCACGAGCAAGACUGCGAAUACUCCUUCGAUUAUUCAAAGGUAUAUUGGAACACACGUCUCGCCACCGAACAUGAACGCAUGGUUAGCAAAUUCAAAAAGGGCGAGGCCGUCUGCGACGUCAUGGCCGGCGUGGGCCCCUUUUCCAUCCCCGCAGGAAAGAAACAGGUCUUCGUCUGGGCCAACGAUCUAAACCCAUACGGCUACGAGUGCCUGGAGCGAGGCAUCGCGAAGAACAAAGUGCGCGAAUUCGUGAAGCCCCACAACAUGAACGGCCGCGACUUCAUCCGCUUCGCCAGCGAGAAGCUGUACCAACGAAGCCCCCGGACCGUCGCCCACCGCGUCAAGAUCCCCAAAGCAGAGCUCGCGACUUCGCCGAUCCGCCAGCGUAAUCCCCAAAUGUUCUACACGGAAUAUUUGACCUGCCCACGCACCUUCGACCACUACGUCAUGAACCUGCCCGCCACCGCGAUUGAGUUCCUGGACGCGUUCCGCGGCGUCUACGCGGGCAUGCAGGAGCUCUUCCAGCCGUACACGGACCGCCGGCUGCCGCUCAUCCAUGUCUACUGCUUCUCGACGAACAGUGAGGACGAGGCUGUUGAGCGCAAGGAUAUCUGCGAGCGCAUUUCGAAACGGCUUGGGUUUACGAUUACGCCGGAGGAUGAGGGGCGGGAGUUGGAGAUUCGGAGCGUGAGGCUUGUGUCGCCGACGAAAAAGAUGUUCUGUGCUACCUUUAGAUUACCUGCUGAGGUGGCAUUUACGAAGCGUUGAGUGGGGUUUUCUUUCUAGAAGUAGAUCGGAAGAGACCGUCUCGUUACCCUUCUUUAAUCUUUUUCUUCUUUUACUUGUUUGGCAUUUCAGGCAUUUGGCGUAACUCGUGUGUUCUCAGUUUGUUUAUUUAAUUUUUUUUUUCCAUAAUUCUACAAUUGUAUUUAUACUAGACCUCCAUUCGAAGCCCAACUUAGCGCCUCAUUUUUUUCCCUCGAAUAGCGAUUCACCUGUUCCAUAUACUUUUAGUAAAGAGAUACAAGCUGAGCUGCCGCACAAUUAGAAAGAGGGAAAAAGAAGAGAGAAAAAAAGGAAGUUUUGCAAACCCUCAUUUCAUUUGUAAUCAUCUGUCUACUACCAUUGCUUGAUUAACCUCUACCUACUCCGUACUUUUUCUCAGGCCAUUCAUCCCAUUUACUUGCUCUAAACUGUCAACUAGCUAUGAGGAAAAGUGUAAGUUCAAAACUAGGCAGCAAUUCUAUCCAAAUACUAGCGCCCUUUAUUUGUUUAUUUUUUUCCCCUUUUGAGGGUAGAAAGACCGUGCUCGUCGUCAAGGUAAGCCAUCAAAGCAUCGUGC